GAAUCAAGAAUAAUACUGACUCUGAGAACCAGUCUUUCCUCGGCAUGAAUGUCACAAUGGAAAAACCGAAAAAGGGUGAAAAUCCUACCAACAAGAUCUGGUCACUCAGUACCUUCUUCGCGACUUCGCUGCCACUCGCAUUUGGCUCCAUUAUUGUCCCCCUCGUUUUAGGCGCCGUCAUCCGAUAUUUUGUCCAGUUCACCGCAAAGUAUCGCGCCUACUGGCGCAUUACUUAUAUCGUUAUUCUAGUCCUCUACGUCUUCGUGUUCUACAUUAUCCUUCCAGCUCUCUUUUGGGUUAUCCCCAAGCUUCGGUAUUCCAUGUUCUAUACCGAUAACUAUCUCAUCAUCUCCAUCGUCACCGAUGUCGUCAUUAUUCUUUUCGCAAUGGGGCAAGUCUAUUGGGCGUUUCGACGGAAAUCUCGCCGCGUCGUUUGGGUCUUUUGUCUUGUGGUUUUCGCCGUCACCUCGGUCUUUGACUGUUUACCCUUUGCGUAUUAUUCUUACAAUUACCAUUACUCGUAUGGAAACCCGCCGGUCCGGGUCAUGGGGCUGGUGCAAUUGGCUCUUUUGUUUUUGGUCUGGAGUGCGCCGAGAUGGAGGCGGUGGGCCAGGAACAUUAGGAGGAGACUCUCAAGGGGCACUCCUUAGUUUUCGUCAUAUGUUUAUCUUCAGCACUUGAUUGUGCGUGCUUUCUCAACGUCUUUACUAUCUUUUUUUAGUACUUUGUUGUUUAAUGUCACAUAUAUAUGACUGCCAUGACUGCCACGUUAUAUUUUGUUUUACUGUCAUAUAUAUGUACCUGCCAUGCUAUACAUGCUAUACAAGUUAUACAGUUAUAUACCACUUCUCGAGCAGAUUGAGCAGACGAAAGUUCUAAACAUUCC